UACAGACACACGCAAACACUGUCCUUCCCUCUGGCAUACAUGCACCUGCUAAGAAGAACCCCCUAGAUAAAAGUGAUUUUCUCUUGUUCCUUAAUCAGAAAAAAAAAGUCUUGGUUACAGGGGACCAUAUGGUUACAUAUUUGGGAUGGAUGUAUGCAGAACCACCUUCCAGAAGGUUUUAAAAUUCUGAAGUCUCAAUGUUGAUGUCUCUCAAAGGACAAAGCCUUCGGCUGAGCAGCUCUAACUUCCUCUUUACUGUUGCUUCCUUUCCUUGGAGGUAACACUAUCUUCUUCUCUUUCAAAAACGUAUUUUUUCCUCCUUAAUUUGCCAGUGAUGCCAACAGUCAUUAAAGCUUCAGUGGCUCAGCCGACCAGGGCUGGGCCACUCUCCCCAGGACUGGUUCCUUCCCCGGUCCAUGCCUCAACUACCGAUACAGGUGGGGUGAAUUCUGGGGGCAUCUAUUCAGCUAUUAUCAGCCGGAAUUUCCCUAUUAUUGGAGUGAAGGAGAAGACUUUUGAGCAGCUACACAAGAAAUGUCUAGAAAAGAAGGUUCUAUAUGUGGAUCCUGAUUUUCCCCCCGAUGAGACCUCUCUGUUCUACAGUCAGAAGUUCCCCAUCCAGUUUGUCUGGAAGAGACCACCGGAAAUCUGCGAGAAUCCCAGGUUUAUCAUUGGUGGAGCCAACAGAACUGACAUCUGCCAAGGAGAUUUAGGAGACUGCUGGUUUCUGGCUGCCAUUGCCUGCCUGACCCUGAAUGAGCGACUACUUUUCCGAGUUAUCCCCCAUGAUCAGACUUUCACUGAAAACUAUGCUGGGAUUUUCCAUUUCCAAUUUUGGCGCUAUGGAGACUGGGUGGAUGUGGUUAUUGACGACUGCCUCCCAACCUACAACAACCAGCUGGUCUUCACCAAAUCGAACCAUCGCAAUGAAUUUUGGAGUGCUCUGCUGGAGAAGGCCUAUGCAAAGCUACAUGGCUCUUACGAAGCCCUGAAAGGUGGUAACACCACAGAAGCUAUGGAGGACUUCACUGGAGGAGUGACAGAGUUCUUUGAGAUCAAGGAUGCUCCCAGAGACAUGUACAAGAUCAUGAAGAAAGCUAUUGAGAGGGGUUCCCUCAUGGGCUGCUCCAUUGAUGAUGGUACAAACAUGACCUAUGGGACUUCUCCUGGUUGUAGCAUGGGGGAGCUGAUUGCUAGGAUGGUGAAGAAUUUGGAUAACUCCCAACUGAGGGAUUCAGACCUAGAUCCAAGAGGCACAGAUGACAGGCCAACCCGGACAAUUGUUCCAGUGCAGUAUGAGACCCGAAUGGCCUGUGGGUUGGUAAAAGGUCAUGCAUAUUCUGUCACUGGCCUAGAGGAGACAACAUUCAAAGGAGAGAAGGUGAAGUUGGUGAGGCUGCGGAACCCCUGGGGUCAGGUGGAAUGGAAUGGCUCCUGGAGUGAUGGCUGGAAGGACUGGAUCCUGAUUGACAAAGAGGAGAAAUCUCGCUUGCAGCACCAGGUGACAGAGGAUGGAGAGUUCUGGAUGUCCUACGAAGAUUUCAUGUAUCACUUCACAAAGCUUGAGAUCUGCAACCUCACAGCUGAUGCCCCUGGAAUCUGACAGCUCCAGACUUGGACUGUGUCUGUGAAUGAGGGCCGCUGGGUGCGGGGAUGCUCGCUGGAGGCUGCCGGCCAACUUUCCAGCACAGACACUUUUUGGACCAAUCCUCAGUAUCGCCUGAAGCUACUGGAAGAAGAUGAUGACCCCGAAGACAAUGAGGUCGUCUGCAGCUUCCUAGUGGCCCUGAUGCAAAAGAAUAGGAGGAAGGAUCGGAAAUUGGGAGCCAACCUCUUUACCAUUGGUUUUGCCAUCUAUGAGGUGCCAAAAGAGAUGCAUGGAAACAAACAGCACCUACAGAAGGAUUUCUUCUUGUACAACGCCUCCAAAGCCCGGAGCAAAACCUACAUCAACAUGCGUGAAGUGUCUGAGCGCUUCCGCCUGCCCCCCAGCGAAUAUGUCAUCGUCCCCUCCACAUAUGAUCCUCACCAGGAGGGAGAAUUCAUCCUUCGUGUCUUCUCCGAAAAGAGGAACCUCUCCGAAGAUGUAGAAAAUACAAUCGCAGUGGAUCGCCCUGUGAAAAAGAAAAGGCACAAGCCCAUCAUCUUCGUGUCUGACAGAGCAAACAGCAACAAGGAGCUGGGUGUGGACCAUGAGUCUGAGGAGGGCAAGAACAAAACAAGCUCUGAUAAUCCAGAGAAACCAACUCAGCCAACCCCAGGUAACACUGACCGGGAGAGUGAGGAGCAAGUGCAAUUCAAGAACAUUUUUCGACAGAUUGCGGGUGAUGACAUGGAAAUUUGUGCUGAUGAACUCAAGAAUGUUCUCAACACGGUGGUGAACAAACAUAAAGACUUGAAGAUAGAUGGAUUCACCCUGGAGUCCUGCCGAAGCAUGAUUGCCCUAAUGGAUACAGAUGGUUCUGGGAGGCUGAACCUGCAGGAAUUCCACCACCUCUGGAAGAAGAUCAAGAGCUGGCAGAAAAUCUUCAAAAACUAUGACACGGACCACUCCGGCACCAUCAACAGCUAUGAGAUGCGCAAUGCUGUGAAUGAUGCGGGUUUCCACCUCAACAGUCAGCUCUAUGACAUUAUCACCAUGCGCUAUGCGGACAAGCAUAUGAAUAUCAAUUUUGACAGCUUCAUCUGUUGUUUUGUACGGCUGGAGGGCAUGUUCAGAGCUUUUCAAGCCUUUGACAAGGAUGGAGAUGGCAUCAUUAAACUCAACGUUCUAGAGUGGCUGCAGCUUACUAUGUAUGCCUGAAGCAAGUCUUCCUCACCUCAACUAAAAUUGAACAGAAUGAACCAUUUGCGAUGUCAACCACAGCAGCUAGUCAUUUCUAAGAAACAAGCAACAUCGCUAACAGCCUUGGGAUUCCCAAGGUGGUUUUCUUCCCUGUCAUUCUGUACUCCCAGCUAGUCUCAGGAUGUUCCAGUUUCAUUAUUCACUACACCUGCCCUUGGGCUAACCAGAUACCUCCUCCCAGCCCAUAAAGCUGCUCCCCAACCAAUCUUAGCCCUCUAAGAUAAGGUGUAAGCAGAACUUCUCUUCCCCAUAAAAGCAGUGACAUUAUCUCAGAGUACUACAUCAAAGAAAGUCUCUGCCAAUUUCAAAGCGUUCCAGUUUAGCCCAGAGGAUCAGUCCAGGCACCUAAAAGGCUAAUUUGAUCCUAGAGCUAAUGCAAGGGUUUGAGCCUCCAAUCAAGAUCCCUCUUUGGACUGUCCCCAAGUCUCCAGAUCAAAACUGACCUCAGGGGUGGGAAGUAAUACAAUUUAUUGCUGGGAAAGUUAUAACCAGUUCAAAACUGGACCAUAACCGAGGAAGGGUAAGGAAAUACUUUGUGGGGUAUUUGUCCAACAAUGUCCUUUGCUGGUCACAUUAAAGAAAAAGACCUUCAUCAUUCGUGUUGGUGGACAUUAAGCAUGGACUGCCUCCUGGACUCCUUCCCUCCAUCCCAGCCCUUGGUUCUGCCUAGAUUUUUACUUCAGGUUUUUAUCUGUUCUCAAAUUAUAUAGAGGAAAGGUAGACCAGGGCAAUUCCUUGUUUGGGUUGUGGUCCCGAUAAGACUUACCAAAUGAAUAAAACGCAUGUGUCUGACUGUCUAGUGUGCAUUAUUUGACUCAUUUGAUAUCUCAUCAAGGAACAGGCAGAGCAAGGGUUGGGUUUCUAUAUCCCACCUAACAGCCAAAAGCAAUCUGGGGACAGAACUCCUCCUAGUCUCAGAACAGAAAACAACUAGGCCCAAGAAAGAUUCUGAUUUAGAGAAUAAAAAAUGUUGAAAAGAAAAAUUUUUUAAAUCAGUCCCUUAAAAGCCAAGACUUGUGGACCACUUUCCCAAGGACAGGAGUGUAUGUGAAAGAAACUAGUGGAAGUAUCUGGAUGGUACACCAGAGGCAAAGGGUCUCUAUACUGCCUACCACCAACAUGGAGGUGGAGGUGGGUAACUCAUUC